AUGCAGCUUUACGAAGACAUUUUCCUCAAGCUCUGCGAGAACUCGGCUUCCGUGCGGAACUCCAAGUUUGUUGCACUGACGCUGUUUACGAGAGCGAAUCCGUACGAGAAGAGUCAACAGAACGAGAUCGAGGCAGGAGAAGCCGCUGUCUACUACCUGAAGGUCAAAGGCAGCGCCAAGCUCAUGAAAGUUGCAGCGAACUUGCGCUGCUGUGAUCCGGUCCUCCAGUUGCAGAAGUCCGUGGUCACUCGAAACACGUGGGCACUGGAAGGCAAGUCUCCAAUUCAUCCGUCGGGCUUCGAUUUCCGGCUGCUCCCGAUCGUCUUGGGGCCUCAGCAGGCCAGAUUCUACGCUGGCGUGCCGCUGACCGACAGCAAGAAACGCUUCCGCUAUGGUGCCCUUGCCGUCUUCGACUCUGCUAUUUAUCCAGGCGAAGACGAUGAUUUGCCUAUGAAGAAGACGCUCCAGGCUCUGCAAGUCUGCGCGCGCGAGGCUUUGAUGGCCGUCGAUGAGAGACGAAAGGAGCUUGAGCUGCGUACCUUCCUGCAAGCGCCCUUGAUCCAGCUUCGGCAGUCUGAGCCAGCGCUACACCUCAGCAUGGAGAUCUCCCAGUCAAGUCCGCGCUGGCGAGACAUCGUCCAAGGUGAGCAGGAGAGCCUUGACGGCGACAGCGACACCAACGACGACAUCGACGAGGCCCAGCGCCGACUCGAGUACGAACUCGUGAAUGCUCGAACGAAGAGCGACCCCGAGUUCUCCAACACUGGCAACGCCAGCGUCGGCAAAUCCCGCGUGGAAUACUUCCGAAGCAAGAUGCAAGAGCUCGUGCGACAAGCCCAGGACACGCAGGCGCAAAUGGCCGAGAACACGCUUGUCAUGGAACGCCACGCCGUCCCCAUUGCCUAA